AUGAGUCGAUUUUAUUUAGUGUAUGCGAAUCAGAUUGUAUUCAGAAACAAUUGGGCUGACCAAAUUGAUCUGGUUGCAACUGGAAAUAAUGGUUGGCAAGGUUCACUUGGAAAGCUGGCAUAUGGAGAUGGAUACGGAGAUGGUACACUCUUCGAAGUUGCAAACCGAGUUCAUGAUAACAAUUUCUAUUAUGAUCUCAGUGUAAUUACCGGUUUCAAUGCACCAAUGAAAGUUCACACACCGGAUGGGUCUGCUUCACAUGGUCAAACAGGAGUGUCCAUACCAAGGGUGUGGAAUUAUCAAGUGGCAAUGUAUUUGUAUAGUCCACGUGCAUCUAGAUGUGAAAUUGCCAUUCGAGUAUUUCGUGCAUGUAAUGAACAAAAAAUAAAAACUGUCGCAAUUUAUUCAACUGAAGACGAAAGUCAAUUACAUCGUAUCAAAGCUGAUGAAUCAUUUUUAAUUGGACGAGGUUUAACACCCAUUCAAGCUUAUUUAAACAUUCCUGAAAUAAUUAAAGUAGCUCUCAAGAAUGAUGUUGAUGCAAUACAUCCCGGUUAUGGUUUCUUAUCUGAAAAUGGUGAUUUUGCUAAAGCUUGCACCGAAGCUGGUAUCUCAUUUGUUGGUCCAACACCUGAUGUUAUCUAUCGAAUGGGAAAUAAAUUACAUGCGAGAAAAGCUGCUAUUGAUGCAAAGGUACCAGUUAUACCGGGAACAGAAAAUGCUGUUAAAGAUUUAGAUGAAGUGAGAAGUUUUGUGGCUGAACAUGGUUAUCCAAUUAUGUUAAAGGCUGCAAGAGGUGGAGGCGGUCGAGGUAUGCGCGUAGCUACAAAAGAUAGUGAACUAGAAGAAGCGUUCCAGCGUGCAUCGUCAGAGGCAAAAACAGCCGUUGGAGACGGUUCACUAUUUGUUGAACGUUUUAUAUCACAAUCAAGACAUAUUGAAGUACAGAUAAUAGGUGAUCAUUUUGGAAAUGUUGUACAUUUAUUCGAAAGAGAUUGUUCUGUACAGCGAAGACAUCAAAAAGUAAUUGAAGUUGCACCGGCUACAAAUUUAGCUGAAGAUUUGAGACAACGGAUUACGUCUGAUGCUGUAAGAUUAGCAAAACAUGUUGGUUAUCAGAAUGCUGGAACAGUGGAGUUUUUACUUGAUAAUCAAGGAAGACAUUAUUUUAUCGAAGUAAAUUGUCGAAUUGAUAUUGUUCAAUCGCAAAUAAAAAUAGCUGAAGGCAAAAAAUUACCAGAACUUGGUUUAGAACAAAAUAAAAUAAAAAUUAUGGGAGCUAGUGUACAAUGUCGAAUGACAACAGAAGAUCCAGCCAAAAAUUUUCAACCGGAUGUCGGUCGAUUAGAUGUAUUUCGAUCGGCUGAAGGGUUUGGCAUUCGUAUUGAUAGUGCAAGCGCGUAUACAGACGCUAUCAUUAGUCCACACUAUGAUUCAUUGCUUGUAAAAGUUAUCGCUCGUGCGCGUACUCAUCAAGAAGCUUGUUCAAAAAUGGUACGAGCGUUGAGAGAAUUUCGAAUCCGUGGUGUUAAAACAAAUAUUCCAUUUUUACUAAACGUUCUAAAUCAUCCACAAUUCUUAGAGGGUUCAAUAACGACAAGUUUUCUCGAUGAAAACCCAGCAUUAUUUAAAUUUGUACCAUCUCAAAAUCGUGCACAAAAAUUAUUAAAUUACAUAUCAGAAGUAAUGGUUAAUGGUCCAUUGACACCAUUGGGUACUGACCUGCAACCAAUGGAUAUCAAACCACAAUUACCAUUAAUUAAAAAGAAAGAUCGUCCAGAUGGCUGGAGACAAGUGAUAAAACAGAGUGGACCACAAGCAUUUGCCAAAGCUGUGAGAAACCACCCCAAGUAA